AUGAUAUCUAAAAAUAUAAUAAAAAUAGUUAUAAAAAUAUAUUUAGGAACUUUGAUGAUUUUUGAUUUCUUUUCUCUUAUUAUGUAUAUAUCAUUGCUAAUAUUUUUAAUCAAAGGCCGAUUAAGAAAUGACAAAUUAGUAUCAAAAGAAUUUCAUACACUUUGUAUUUUUAAUGGAAUUCUCGAUGUUUUUUUUAUAAUAGAAGAAUAUUUUGCCUAUCGAAUACCAUUAAUGGGAUUAUUUCAAAAAUUUUACCUGGAAUGGUAUCCAACAACUAGUAUUUCUGGAUUUUUAUAUAUUUAUUCACUUUAUCAUAUAAUAUAUGUGUCACUUUCUGCUAUAACAUUAACUUUUAAUAGAUAUUAUGCUAUUGUUUAUCCAUUAAAUUAUAAAUUCUUUUGGAGCAAUUAUCGUUUAGUUAUUUUAACAAUAUGGCCAGCAUUAGUUUUAUUUCCAAUAUUAAUUUUUUUUUAUGAUACAAAAAUAAUAUUUACACAGGAACCUGAAAUUGGUAGAAUGGCAAUUUCUGUGGUUGUUGAAGAGAUUAAUAAAAAAUUAUGGGAAAUUACAUUGUCAAUUCAUAUAUUUGCACUUAUAAUAAAUGGAUGUUUAAAUAUUAUGGUAAUUCGAGAAAUAAAAAAUCACUUGAAAAUGAGAACAAAUUCAUGUUUUUUUUUUAAAUUUAACUCAACAAUGGCUAAAUUUGCUGCUUUCUAUUUUUUCUCUCUUUUAAUUUUAGUAAUUUUAGAAAUUUUAAUUUUUCUCUUUUUUGAAAAUAAUAAUAUUCAUUUAGGAUUUAAUUUUUUAACUUUAUAUACAUUUGCUCAAUCAUUGAUUGUUUUUUAUUCACCAUAUGCUUUAAUAAUAACAAAUAAUGAAGUAGGUAAAAAAUUUUUUAAAACUAUUGGUAUUGAAAAAUUUUUAAAAUAG